AUGGCUAUGGAGAUGCGGCAGAUAGCCUCAAGUAGACCGAUAACUGUGCUUAAUGGACUUCUGGUGUAUGACGGCUGCUGUUUCAAACUUGACAACCAUCUGGAAAAUUUUACAGAAGCUCUUUCUGUGGCAAAGAGGCAUUUGACACAGCGAAUUCAGGCUCUGAAUGAUAAAGUGGAAAAGCAGAAUGAGAUCUCAAAGGAUAUUCAAAAGAAUGUCAAGGAGGCUUGUGAUGAUCUUUUUCAGGUUGAACAUAGUUUGAAGGACUUACAAAGCUUGAUUUUCUGUUUGGAUGGGAAAAUAGAUUCAUUGGGAUAUAAGCAGGAUGUAACGAAUGUUGGCAUGUACUACCUUUGUAGCCUUGUUGAUGGGAAAGAAGGGAAAAUGCCUGAAAGUAUACAGGAUAAGUUUAAACUCGGUGAGAAUGCUCGUCAUUUACUCAAAGCUCCAGGUUCCAUGGGACUUCAGGAAAUUACAGAUUGUGUAUCUGAAACUGUCAGUCAGAAAGCUGCAGAUAAUAUUCAGAAAGUGGGUACCAAUAAUUUUGGCCACCAGCAAAGAGUAUUCUCAAGGUUUGAAUUGUAAAUCUUUUCUUUAUAU